AUGCUCAAAAUUAGUAUUAACUACUUAGUAUUAUUUUUAAAUUUGAUCGUUCAAUUUACUUAUCAAGAUGAAGUUGAAGUGCACAGUGGUUUAAUAAAAGUUAUAUCAAACUUUUUUAUCCAAAGACAUGUCCAAACAGUUACUGCUGCUACAUGUUGGCCUACAGAUGUAAAUAAAGAACUGUUAAAGACGUUUUCGACAAUCGACAAAUCGUUGAGUUUUUGUUUAUUCACCCCUCAGACAUACGCCACGUGGUAUAGACACGGAUUCAUAGUUGAUUUGUCUUGUGAUGGGACAUUAAACUUCUUGCAUAAGGUAUCAAACGAUCGAUUAUUUAACUUGCAAAACGACUGGUUAUUGUUUAAUCAAAAAUCAAUUUCAAAUACAAGUGAUACCUUGACGAUUGCUUCGGUUGUUUUUGAGACAUACUUGGGUAAAUCCUACGUUUUACCAGAUUCUGGCGUGUUCUUGUUUCAAAAAAUCGGAAAUAAUGUUUGGGAGAUUUGGAGCGGUUUCCGAGCAAGUAAAUUAGAUACGAUUCGAGUUUUCAAAACCGGUUUGGCAUCAAAAUAUCACAUAGAAAUAAACGAUUCGACUGAACUAAGAAUGAAUUUUCGGGGAGCUACAUUAAAAGCGACUACUGUGAUUUUUAAUCCAUCCGAAUUUUUCGGUUUCAAUCAGACAACAACAUCCGGCUUGGAUGUAUAUACUUAUAUGCAUUAUCCAAUGAUUCAAAUUUUAGGGUACCAACUGAACUUCAAUUAUACCAUUAGUAUAACUGAUGAUCAUGGCUGGUGUAACGGCAAUGGUUCUUUCUCCGGUUUAAUUGGUAUUUUGCAAAGAGAAGAAAGUGAUUUUGGCGCUGCUGGUUCGCUAAUGAGGCUUGAUAGAAUGACAGCAGUUGAUUUUACAGUUGGGACAGUCUCUUUAGAGAGCAAUAUAUUAUUCAAACAACCGAUGUUAUCCAGUAUCACCAAUAUUCAUAUUAAACCAUUUAAGUAUGAAGUAUGGCAAAUUACCUUACUUAUGCUUAUCGGAUUCGUCUUGAUUCUUCUAUUUUUAAAUAAAUUCAAAGUAAAUCGCGGUCCAUCGAUAAAUGUGUUGGACAUUAUUGGAUUAGUUCACGGUGCUUUUUGUCAACAAGGUUAUACAACUGUCUUAAUUUUGAAUUCUAUAAAAAUUGUAGUCUUUGUAUUAUUUCUAACUACCUUCUUCCUAUUCAAUGCGUACUCAGCUUCAAUUGUGAGUCUAUUUCAGUCAACGAGCUCUUCAAUAAAUACCGUAAAAGACUUUCUUCACGAAAAAUCAAUGACAAUGAGUAUACAGAUUGCCUCAUACGCAAAACCUUAUUUUAACGAAACAACAAAUGAAAUAUUGAGAAAACUUUAUGAUAAGAAAAUAAAACCAUAUGAUGAAAACAACUCGUUUACAGAUGCACCAAAGGGAAUUGAAAGGAUUCGCACCGAAUUCCACGGAUUUAUGGUUGAGAAAACGUCAGCUUAUCAAAUCAUCAAUAAAAAAUGGAGAGAAGAAGAGAAAUGUGGAUUAUAUGAAAUUCAGCUGUUCAAACUACCUGUUCUAGCUGUACCAGUGGUUAAGAAAUCUGGUCACAAAGAUGUAUUCAAACAAAAGUUAAUACAACAACACGAGGUUGGAAUUAGAAAACGAUUAAUUCAAAGGUGGACGCCAAAAAAGCCGACAUGUGACUCUGCGAAAAUAAAUAGGAAAUAUGUCAGUGUGUCUAUCAAAGAUGUACUUCCAACAAUAACGUUGUUCGGUUAUGGGAUGUUAAUUUCUUUGAUGCCUGGCCACCGCGGCCCAGACACGUUUUACGGCCAGUUCAGCAUGAAACGCCAGUCCCUACAGACGUCGGUGGCCGGCGACGGGCGAGCCGCUCAACUGUUCCGUCGUCGUUGCCAUGUGCCCGGCCACGAUCGUAGGUGGACGACCACCGGCGCAGAGCAUGUGGCGAUAGAAAACGGCACGAUGGCUGUGUGCGCAGACGCCGAUCAACCGGCCACCGUCGUAACGCAUAGGUAUGUGUUUCUCACUUACGUUGGCCUGAACGUGUCCGCGGUGUUACUGAUCGUGCACCUGGCCGUGUUCGUCGUGCUUCCCGAGAUGAAGAACCUGCCCGGCAAGAACCUGGCAUUUAUGUUAUUUAUGGUUUUCAAAACUGCUAUUUCAGCCGAUUACAAUGAAAUGUUAAAUGUAUUGAAAACAUUUUUUGUUCGGAGACAUGUUCAAACCGUGACAGCUGCCAAAACGUGUUGGCCAUUUGACGUCAAUAAAAAACUUUUGGACGAUCUCUCGUCGGCCGACAUAUCCGUGUCUUUCAGUCCACCCACGCAACAAACACGAAACUACUCCACGUGGUACAGAUGCGCCUAUAUAAUCGAUCUGUCUUGUGGAAAUUCAACGGAAACAUUACAACAGAUUUCAAAUGAUCGCCUGUUCAAUACGCAAAACGAUUGGAUACUGUUUGACGAGGGUUCGCUCGCGAAUGAAACGAGCUCAGCCCAAUUUGCAUUGCGAACAUUUCAAAUAUAUUUGGCCAAUGCCUACGUUCUACCGGAUGCUGGUGUAUUUUUAUUCCUCGAGAUCAAUAAUAGUGAUAUUUGGGAAAUUUGGAGUGGUUUUCGGGCUAGUAAAUUGGACACGAUAAGAGUGUUUGAAUAUGGCACGGUAUCAUCAAACCGGUUGACAAUAAGUGAAUUACAUGACGAGAGAAGAAAUUUUCGUGGUAUUACACUGAAAUCUACAACAGUGAUAAUUGACAGAGAUCAUUUUUUUGGAUUUGAUAAAAAAAUUAGUUCUGACUUGGACGUAUUCGCACAUAUGCAUUAUGAAAUUAUCGUUACAUUGACUAAUCAACUUAAUUUUAAGAUAGAUCUUACUAUUGACAACGAUUACGGAUGGUCUCUGGGCAAUGGUUCGUUCGGUGGUGUAACCGGACUUUUACAAAGAGAAGCAAUUGACUUUAGUGCGACUGGUGUUUUUAUUCGGCCAGAUAGAAUGUCAGUAAUCGAUUUUACAGUCGGCACAAUUGCACUACGAACCACAGCGAUUUUUAGGCAGCCUUCGUUGUCCAGUGUACACAAUAUUUUGUUGUUACCAUUCUCGUUUGAUGUAUGGCUAGGCAUAUGUGCAACUUUAUGUGCGUUUGUGCUCACCUUGUUUUUUUUAAUGCGUGUAAACAACUACUUCGAGGAAAAAAAAUAUGGUACACUAAAUAUUACAGAAAUAGUGACCUUGGUCCACGGAGCUAUAUGUCAACAAGGGUCUAAUAAUUCAACUUCAACCUCGGGAUCCAUACGUGUCGUCGUAUCCAUACUUUUUUUUACAUCUCUUUUCAUAUAUACGUCGUAUUCUGCAAGCAUUGCUGCGCUAGUUCAAUCCAAUAGUAAUUCAAUCAAGUCUAUUAAAAAUAUAGCGGAAUCGCCCAUGACAUUUAGUGCUCAAAUCAGUCAAUAUGGGAAACAUUAUUUUGAAGAAACAGAAGAUUCAGAUUUAAGGAAGCUUUACACGACAAAAAUGGUGCCUAGUGGAAAUAAAUCGUUCGUUAGAGCUGCGGAAGGGAUGGAAAGAAUUCGAACGGAGUUUCACGGAUUUCAGGUAGAAGUCAUGUCGGCCUACAAGAUUAUCAGUAAGGAAUGGCGUGAAGAGGAGAAAUGUGGCUUGGGUGAGAUUCAACUUUUCAAGAUACCACUUUUGUCAAUAGCUUUAGUCAAAAAAUCAGGACAUAAGGACAUAUUUAAACAAAAGCUAAUACAACAAAUGGAAGUCGGGCUGAAUAAACGAAUCUCUAGUCAAUGGUUACCUCCGAAGCCAUCGUGUGGAUCGUCCGGCAGAGCCAAACAAUACGUUAGCGUUUCUGUGAAAGAAACAUACUUAACCCUUGCAAUAUAUGGAUUCGGUGUAUGCAUUUCGUUGCUGAUUUUUAUACUGGAAGUAUUACAACACGCCUGGACGAAUCGCGGAUCUAAAAAAAAUUUGUGGAAUAAUUUACUAAAUGGCUUAAUAAACAUGUUCAAGAAUAUGAGUGUCCACACAGUUUGGACUACCACAUGUUGGGACACAAGUAUUAACAGUGAAUUUCUUAUGAAACUCUCAAACGAAGAUAUAUCGAUAAAUUUUGAUUCAAGAAAUAUACAGUCGAGUGUACAUCAGACGCAAAAAGCGUGGUUUAAAUCUGGAAUAUUAGUUGACUUGUCAUGUGAUGAAGCUUCCGAUGUACUUAAGCAGGCAUCAAAAAGACGCCUGUUCAACCUUCAAAACGACUGGGUUCUUUUUGAUCGGCGUGGAAAUCCUAAUAAAACAGACACCCUAGAAAUUGCUUUACACUCAUUCAGAACGCAUGUGGAUCAAGCCUACGUGAUGCCGGACUCGAGAGUGUUUCUAUUGAUAGAGGUUGAUAGAAAUUUCUGGGAAAUAUGGGAUGGUUUUCGCUUGAGUGUUACCGAAGAAGUUCAAGUGUCCCGAGUGGGCGUGAUGACACCGGAUCGAGUGGAAAUUAAACGCUCCGAUCGGACGAACUUGAAGCGUGUCGUCCUUUCAGCGUCUACGGUAGUAAGUCCCAUUUCAAAGGUUUUAAUCAACGAAAUAUUAAUAAUUCGAAUUGAUAUAAAAUAUGAUUGUCUAAUGUUACGUGUUUAUCAGAUUCUAGAACCAAAUAGUUUCCGCGGUUGGAAUAAGCCUAUACUUACUCACAAUUUAGACGCAUUUGCCCAUAUGCACUACGCCAUUUGUACUGUGUUAGCGGAACAAUUGAACUUCACGCUAAACUUGACUCUGUCUGCCGAUUAUGGAUGGAAUUACGGUAACGGGACGUAUAGCGGUUUAAUAGGACAACUGCAAAGAGAAGAAAUCGACUUUACUGCUGCCGGUGGUCUGAUGAGAUCAGAUCGAAUGGAUGUUGGUGAUUUGACCGUCGGGACAUUCGUAGCCCGAACUGUCGCAAUUUUCAAACAGCCUCCUCUUUCCAGUGUCAACAACGUUUUCACCCUGCCGUUCGUGCUUAACGUCUGGAUAGUGAUGUUUGCCGUGAUGUCAGUAUUUACCGUGGCUCUGAUAUUUCUCAUAUGGACGUCCAAUUGGUUACACGGCGUAGAAACUCGACUCUCGAUCGCACUAGACACUGUCACCUUGGUCUUAGCCGCUAUUUGUCAACAAGGCCUAUCGGUGGCGGCUGCUCAAUACUCGGGCCCUACGCGGUUGGCCACGUUCACGCUGUUUCUGUGCGCAGUAUUCUUGUUCACGUCGUACGCGGCUUGCAUUGUAGUUAUGCUUCAGUCGCCCAGCCAGACGAUCACGACCGUCAGAGACUUGGCAGACAAGCCGAUUACGUUCAGCGCACAGGACACUAAACACAAUUACAUAUACUUCAAUGAAACGGUCGAUGAAAAUAUUAAGAAAAUCUAUCGCGAAAAGAUGAAACCACAGGGUGCAAGUGCGUUUACAAGUCCUGAAAUAGGCGUAGAACGGGUUCGAAACGAAUUUCAUUCGUAUUUGGUGGAAAUCACAUUAGCGUAUUAUAUAAUAGCUAAAACAUGGCAAGAACAUGAAAAAUGCAGUUUAUCUGAAACAGAGUUGUAUAAAAUACCACUUCUUACGUUAUAUAUCGCAAAAAAAUCAGGAUACAAAGACGUAUUUAAACAAAAGAUGAUACAACAACACGAAAUCGGCUUAAAAGAUCGAAUCGCGAAGAGUAUAAUGCCACAGAAACAAAAGUGUGUUUCAGCCAACUCUGGCGUAGCUCGCUUCGACAGCGUUUCCAUGAAAGAAAUCUAUCCAGCAUUAUUAAUUCUCGGUUACGGUAUAUUCACUUCUUGGUUAUUAUUGUUAUUUGAACACAUUUAUAAGACCCACGUGGAUAAAAAAAAAAAAAAGUAA